GGAAAUAAUAAAUAAAUUGGGAAGGCCUUACUAGUAUUUUGGAGCUGUUCUUUACUUUUCCCCAUUCAGACUUGUCUUCUCGCUUCAAUCAAAUCCUAGUGAUAAAAGAUCCAAAAUAAAUCGCGAUGCUGGGUGUUUUAAGGCGGAAAGCCGCUUCUGGCGCUUCAUCUGUUUCGGUUUACGGAAAAUCAUUCAACAAUCUGAAACCUGCUGUAUCUGCACCACGAGCGAGCUCUGCUGUUCCAGAAGAGAUCAUUCACUACACCAGGGGACUUGGCAAUGUUCGAACCUUCUGUCACCUGCCUUUGGCUGGUCGCACAAUGUCUUUGGUGCCAAAGAGAGAAGUUGUAGGCUAUCUUCAGCAAGAUGUUAACAUGCAGAUUUGGAGCAGAUCAUUCAGUUCAAAUGCUGAUGGUGAUACUGUUGAAGCUGUAGUACCAUAUAUGGGUGAAUCUAUAACCGAUGGCACAUUAGCAGUUUUCUUGAAAAAAGUUGGAGAUAGAGUAGAAGUUGAUGAAGCAAUUGCUCAGGUUGAAACAGACAAGGUCACUAUUGAUGUCAAUAGUCCUGAAGCAGGUGUAAUCCAAGAGUUUAUAGCUAAGGAAGGAGAUACUGUAGAACCUGGUGCUAAGGUCGCAAUCAUAUCUAAAUCUGGUGAAGGUGCGACUCAUGUUGCACAUUCUGAUGAAAAACCAGCUGAAAAGGCUCCACCACCACCUCCUCCUGCAGAAGAGAAAAAGGAGAAGCCAACUCCUAAAGUCGAAACAACUCCUGUUGCACAAAAGCCUAAAGAAAGUCCUCCCCCUCCCCCCAAACCCUCAGCUACAGAAUUGCACUUGCCCCCUAAGGAAAGAGAAAGACGAGUGGCUAUGACGAGACUUAGGAAACGAGUUGCCACCCGAUUGAAGGAUUCUCAAAACACGUUUGCAUUGCUGACAACAUUUAAUGAAGUUGACAUGACUAAUUUGAUGAAACUUCGUUCUGAUUACAAAGAUGCAUUUGCUGAAAAACAUGGAGUGAAGCUGGGAUUGAUGUCCGGAUUUGUGAAGGCGGCUAUCAGUGCUUUACAGAAGCAGCCAAUAGUGAAUGCUGUUAUUGAUGGUGAUGACAUCAUCUACAGAGACUACGUAGAUAUUAGCAUAGCUGUUGGUACCCCCAAGGGUCUUGUUGUUCCGGUUCUCCGUAAUGCUGAAAACAUGAAUUUUGCUGAGGUUGAAAAGGGGAUCAACUCUCUUGCCAAGAAGGCCACUGAAGGCACAAUAUCGAUUGAUGAGAUGGCUGGUGGAACAUUCACCAUUUCCAACGGUGGUGUCUAUGGAAGUCUUCUCAGUACUCCCAUCAUCAACCCUCCUCAGUCUGCAAUAUUGGGAAUGCACUCGAUAGUGAGCCGUCCAAUGGUGGUUGGAGGUAACAUAGUUCCGAGGCCAAUGAUGUACAUUGCACUGACAUACGACCAUAGGCUGAUUGACGGGAGAGAGGCGGUCUUCUUUUUGAGAAGAAUCAAAGAUGUGGUGGAAGACCCUCGUAGAUUGCUGUUGGAUGUUUGAAAAUAAAUCUGAUGCAGCUUGAUGAAGGGUGCUUGGAUUUUAUUAUAUAUUGAAUACUAUGCUUGAGUGAAUCAAUCAAUACCAACGAGUUUUUGGUGGUCAAAAUAAAUGCACGAUAUUUUUUAAAAAGUUUUGUAGUGUUUUUAUUAUUGCUUCUUCGUCGGACUGGAAGCUGUCGUUGUUUGCAGCUAUAUUUGAGAUGGCGGAUCUUGUCUGAAUACAGACUCUGAAGGUUUUUCCAUUUUCUCGGUAUCGAAACAAAUCCAAUGUUUUUUCUUUAUAUAUAUAGUGCAACUGUGUUUGAUAAUAACACUGACAAGUGUGCCUAUAAGGUUGAAUGAUUUGAUUUGUGUAAAUCACGAACACGAUGGUUCUAAUUUUCGGGUUUUCGGGUCUU